AUAUACUUGAUUCAAACAUUUACAUCAAACUCUUCACAUUUUUAUCCAUUUUAUUGACAUUUAAGUACAUAAUCAAGAUGAAGGAUGAAAUAAUCUUGUUGGAUUGUUGGGCAAGCUCGUAUGGAAUGAGUGUUAAGAUCGCCCUCGCAGAAAAAGGGGUUGAAUACGAGUGUCGGGAAGAAAACUUUCAAGAUAAAAGCCCUUUGCUACUCCAAUCCAACCAUAUUCAUAAAACAAUCCCGGUUUUGGUUCACAAUGGUAAGCCCAUUUGUGAAUCCCUCAUCAUUGUCAGGUAUAUCGAUGAGGUUUGGCAUGACAAAUCUCCAUUGCUUCCAUCCGAUCCUCACCAAAAGUCACAAGCCUUGUUUUGGGCCGACUACAUCGACAAAAAGAUUUACAACAUUGGAAAGAGGGUAUGGAGGGGAAAAGGCGAAGAUCAAGAGGUAGCAAAGAAAGAAUUAAUAGAAGUCUUGAGAAACUUAGAGCGGGAGUUGGGCGAUAAGCCAUAUUUCGGGGGUGAAAAUGUAGGCUUUGUAGAUGUAGCACUUGUACCGUUUACUAGUUGGUUUUAUACUUAUGAGACUCGUGGUCAUUUUAGCAUCGAGGCCGAGUGCCCCAAGCUUAUGUCAUGGGCCAAAAGGUGCAUUAGUGAGAGAAAAAGCAUAGCGAAAACGCUCCCCCACCCUCACAAAAUCUACGAGUACGCCUUGGAUCUUUUACGCAAAUGAAGGCCUCAAUCAAUGCAUGAUAUAAUGAUUUGUAACGCUUUGAAUUCUGUGUUUUCUUAAAACUAUCCAUAUUUUUAUACUAUUGAAUAAGCAUAUUUGUUUA